AUGGAAACUUCGACCCCAAAUGCUCUCAUCCUUCUCUGCCCAAAUUCACACACUCUCACCGAUUUCAAUUCAUCCUUCAACCAUCUCAACACCCUCAUUUCCUCCUCACCUCUCCACUUAUACAGUCCCAAUCCCACCGCACCCGCACCCGCACCCGCACCCGCACGCAAGGUGUUCGCUAAAAUUCCCAAACCAAGACUGAGUUUCUCAUCCACCACACUUUCCAAUCAGGAGCUCGCACAAAAACCAGAAAAACGUAAUUGGUUCAAGCCAGCCGCUAGAGGGUCGCCGGCGGCCCAAGCCCUGUUCAAGAAUCUCUCCACUCUUGAACGGGCUAUCAUCGGCGCCGCUGCUGGUGGUAUCGCCGGUGCAUUCACUUAUGUUUGUCUUCAUCCGCUCGAUACGGUCAAAACCAAGCUGCAGACAAAGGGGGCAUCGGAAAUUUACAAAGGCGCCUUCGAUGUGAUUGCCAAGACUUUUCAGAGUAAGGGCAUUCUGGGAUUCUACAGUGGCGUUUCAGCGGUUAUUGUCGGCUCGACGUUUUCCUCCGCGGUUUAUUUCGGAACCUGCGAGUUUGGGAAGUCGUUUUUGUCGAAAUGUGGGAGCUAUCCCCUUCUGUUGAUCCCUCCAACAGCUGGUGCAAUGGGGAACGUAGUGUCGUCUGCGAUCAUGGUGCCCAAGGAAUUGAUCACGCAGAGGAUGCAGGCUGGCGCCAAGGGGCGAUCGUGGGAGGUUUUGUUGAGGAUUUUGGAGAAAGAUGGAAUCUUGGGGCUGUAUGCUGGGUAUAGUGCCACAUUGCUUAGGAAUCUGCCUGCUGGUGUGCUGAGUUAUUCCUCAUUUGAGUAUCUCAAAGCCGCGGUCUUGAGGAAGACGAAGCAGGCGAAUUUGGAGCCGUAUCAGAGUGUUGGCUGUGGGGCUUUGGCCGGGGCAAUAUCCGCCUCUUUGACAACUCCUUUGGAUGUAGUGAAGACGAGGUUGAUGACACAGGGCCACGGGGAGGCCGUGAACAAGGUUUCCGCUGCCAUGUAUUCGGGAGUGAGGGAUACAGUCAAGCAGAUACUUAAGGAAGAAGGGUGGGUCGGAUUCACUCAUGGGAUGGGGCCUCGAGUUUUCUAUAGUGCAUGCUUUUCUGCUAUAGGGUACUUCGCUUUUGAGACAGCUCGUCUCACAAUUUUGAACGAGUAUAUAAGGAGAAAGGAGCUUGAAGUUGCUGCCGUUCCUGCUGAUGCAGUAGUUGAUCAAAGUGGAUGAGAUAUUGAGAGCAGUACUGCAGUAGAGCUUACAAACUUGAUCAAAUUAGUUGAAAAUGAGGCUGCAAUUCUGCAGGUUACGUCACCCUUCUAAUCUUGCGGCCUUUUGGAGAAGCUGAUGGUAUUUGUUUAAGAAGGGUUCCAGUUAUUCGGCCCUUGAAUCACUUCAACUAGUUUUGGUACUUGUUUUGUACUUUGUUUCUUAUAUUUGUUGCCUAUUACUAAUGUAUAAUUGAAGCCUUGGCAUGUUCAAUAACAGUGAUAGCAUAUUACUACUGAAUUUUCUUCCCAA